CAAAUUCUCUUUCAUAUUGUAUGUACACACAUAUUUGAUACGAAAAACACUAUAUUUCGGUAAUUAAAUAAGCCUUACGGCAGUUUUUAAUAAUUUUCUUUAAUCUUUGACAUUGGAGUAUGAAAACAGCUCGUAAGUGUCAUGGCGACGUCGUGACGUCACGGGUAUAUAAACAAGCUUGUCGUUGUCAUUUUUUGUAUGUGCUGCAAAGAAAAUUUAACUGAAAAAAUGAAUUCCAAGGUUUAUAAGUCGUGUGCGGUCCCUUUAUGUAAAAAUACGUCUCUCGUAAACCCUAAUAAGUUGUUUGUGUAUGUUCCACACAAGAAAAUAAUACGAGAUAAGUGGUUAAAGCUAGCUCGGCGAAACCCAAACAGUGUAGCGACGAAUACACCACUUUAUUUCUGUGAAGACCACUUUGAUUUGCCAAAUGAUAUGGAGAACUAUAUGGAGUAUCAUAUAAUGGGAUCGGUAUCGCAAGUUCGUAUGAAACCAGGAUGCAUGCCCAAAAAAUUUAUAUGUCAGCCAGACAGGUUAACGAGAAUGUCUGACUUAAUAGAGAGACCCCAUGUAGCAAAGAAACGGAGGAUGAUGAUUGUAGAAGAAUGCGAAAAGCAAUUUGAAGAAAGCAGAAUGGUUACAGAAAAUUUACAAUCUCUUGCAAAUGCAUCCAGUAGCUCAGUUCAGCAGACUAUUGAAGAAGCUACACAACCACCAACACCUAGAAUGCUAGAUAAAUCAGUACAAGUGUAUAUCAGUAAAACUUUUAGAAGCAAAGCUAUCCAAACAAAAGCCAGUUUGGUAAAUCAGAUGACAUCACCAUUGAAGCCAUCUCAGCACUCCGUCUCUACAUCACCAUUUAAAAUAAAAAAUAUUAUUAAUAGUAACCCAUCAAAACCAAGUGUAACUGUGUUGUCAAAAAUAAUAAGAAAAAUAGAACAAUCAGAUAGUGAUACUUCCUAUACUCCCUCUUUAGCUCAGCCAGACUCAUCACCAUCUACAAAAUCUCUUCAAAUAGAGUCUAUAUCAGAUUGUAGCGAAAUGAUAGAUGAUGACAAAAAGAGAGAAGAUUUAAAUAAUUUAAAUUGUACUUUGAGAAGAAUUAAUAAUAAUCCCCGUGCUUAUAUUGGCAUUCCUUUAAACUGUUUUUAUUUAGUGAAUGUGAUUUAAGAACAGACAGGUAUACCAUUUGAACAUAUU